CUUCACCCAUGUUUUAUAUCAAGCAAGAAGAAUCUCCUGAUUAGACAGCUAUGGCUCGUCGGACUGAAGUGCUAUUACUUCUUAUUCUCACCAUCGCUGCAACAGCUUUUGCUGAUGAGGAGAAACCUCUUUCAGAUGUAUUUGAUCAGCAAUUAAACGUGUCAGCUGGACACUAUCGAGCAAAAGGCAUGUGUCCAUUUGGCUGGAUGAUUUAUGGCAAACGUUGCUUCAGGUAUCAGGCUACCAGCAUGAACUGGGAUUCGGCUGAGAAACACUGUCAGAAUCUUAGCGGACACUUGGUCUCAAUACAAAAUGAAAAUGAAUAUCGACUGGUUAAGUUUCUUAUUGGUGUUCAAGAACUAAACGAGAAGCCAACAUGGAUCGGCCUUUCUAGUUGUCGGCAGAUAUUUAAGUGGGCUUGGUCUGAUGACACUCAACUGACUUUCACCAAGUGGAACUUUGGAGAACCAAAUCAUCUGUUAGGAGAGUGCUGUGUGAAUAUAAACUCUGGCAUAAAUAAGGACUGGAGUGACAUGAACUGCAAAAUGAAAUAUCCCUUUGUUUGUGCCAAAGAGCUUGAUUGAAAUGUUCUCAACCUCAUUUCACAUACAAGUUCUUUUUAUUCUCACUAAUGGAUUUACAAAAAUCCUACUGUACAAUUUACUGUAAUUUGAUCAAUAAAAAAAUCUUCAGAUUUAA